CCAAGAAAAAAUGUUUUCUGUUUUCAUUCAAGUUUUUGUAUUUCAAUUUCACUUAUUUUUAAUAAUGUUUUAUAAUCAAUACAUGUAAUAUUGAUACCAUAUAAAAAUACUGCAUUUCUUUAAAUAAUUUUUUAUUUGCGUUCCUGUGAUUUUUUCAAGCUCAUCUCCAUGCAUUUGAGUUUCAAAAUUUCACUGCACGAUGGCAGAUCCAGAUUUUUUACUUGCUAAGAUUCUGCAAGCCAAAUUCGACAAAGAAGCAGAGUCAGUGAGAAAAAAGAAUAGCGAGUCUGGUCCUGCUAAGAGGCCCACACUUCUUUUGAGUUCAAAGAAAUGAAUCAAGAUCACGUGUGAAUAUCAAAAAGUGAAUCCCCCGUGUAUACUUAUAUCAGAUAGUAUUAAUUAAUUAUUUUGGGGGAAGAAAUUAUUGAAAACAUGGAGUCAGACAGACUUGCUACGCUGUUCCUUGGCAUGUGGGCGAAAAUGAAUAAGUAUAACGAAAGUGUUAACACUGAGAAUCUGGAAACGCUGAAAGAUUGCGUUACUCUGAUGAAAUCCCACGUUCAAGAGGUGGAAAACAAGGUUUCCAGACUUGAUCAUGAAUCAAGGAUUAAGGCUGAAUUAGACUUUAUGAAGAGAAGAAGAUCUAAACGGCAUAGACGAUCAAUUAUUGAACGCGAACUAGGGAUAGACGAUAUUGACUGGAGGGAUGAUUUCGAUUUUGAUGUUUUGAACUCUUCAAGCUCGGAGGUUUCGGAUUCAAGCUACAAAGGCAGUCCACCAAAGAAAUUGAAGUCGUCCUCCUUAGUUGAUCCAGAAUGGGAGAUUAUAGAUCCCACUCCAGACAUUCACACGCUGUUCAUAACAUUCAAUAAGCGAUUUUUCUGGGGUGCCCUUGAGUCGGUGGAGGUUCGAUGGAGUCCUCGAAUGUAUUCCUGUGCUGGUCUUUGUUCGUACGAGGGUAGGAGGGGAAUGUGUUCGGUAAGACUCAGUGAGCCUCUGCUCAAGCUAAGGCCUCGAAGUGAUCUGGUCGAGACAUUGCUUCAUGAAAUGAUUCACGCCUACCUGUUUGUCACUCACAACAAUCGAGACAGAACUGGUCACGGCCCUGAGUUUCACAAGCACAUGUAUCGCAUCAAUAAUGAGGCUGGCACAAAUAUCACGGUUUACCACAGCUUUCACGACGAAGUGAAGCUGUACAAGAAGCACUGGUGGCGGUGCGACGGGCCGUGCCAGUUCCGGCCGCCCUUCAUGGGUCUGGUGAAGCGGACCAUGAACCGGGCACCCGGGCCCUACGACUCGUGGUGGACUACCCAUCAGGCCACCUGUGGCGGCACAUUCAUCAAAGUGCGCGAGCCCACCAACACCAAGCUCAAACAAGUUCAACCCAACGUGAGCGGUAACUUGACAAAAGGAGGAACUGGAAAGGAUAUUAGGAACUUCUUCAAUACUCCUGGAAACAGCCAGGGAAGCAGCUCUCUUCCGAAAUCUAGUGUCCCAUCUUCAAAUUCAAACUUUAAAAAGCCUUCUAGUCAAUCGUCAGUCGUCAGUAAACCCAACGGCUUUCCCACAAACCGACCAAAUGGAUCAGCUCUAACUGGUUUUAAAGGACAGAAUGUGUUUGGUAUUGGCAGCAGUAAUGUGAAUGGAGUCUCACAUGGUGUGAAGAAACCGGUUCCAGGUAGUUCAAACUCAGUUCAAGGUGUGAAUCGUGUUGUAGGCUUUGGCGAUUUGAAUUCGCAGUCAACAAACUCGAAUUCAAACCCUACAAGAAAUCUAUUCGGUGGAUCUGGUCAGAAAUUGGGGGGAGGAAACGGUACAGGUUCGCAAUUGGGGAAACCAAAUUCUAAUCCUACAAGGAAUAAUUUUGGUGGAUCAGGGCAGAAAUUAGGAGGAAACAGUACAGGUUUAAGUUCACAAUCGGCAAAACCGACUAGUUUUGGUGGAUCAGGGCAGAAACUUGGGGGGACCGGUACAGGAAACCCUUGGAAAGCCAACACAAAUAGAAUCGGGGGAGCGUUGAUGAAUAGAGGGGGAGGAACUUUGGUGAUAACUGCAAAAGGGACUGCCAAAGAUAGUAAGAUGACACAAAGUGAUAAAACAACAGAAGAUACCAAAUCGUUUGUACCAUUUAAUGGGCAAGGACAAAAAUUGGGGUGUGCAAGUGUGGGAACAUUGAAUUCGAGUUCAAGUGUUUUGAGGUUAAGUGGUGCUAACUCGAAAACGAACAGUGCUGGGAAAAAUCUGACAGGACGUGAUAGAAUCAAUUCAGCGCCUGAGUUUUCGAACAGAAAUAACCCCUCGGGAAGUUCGUGUGUUAAAGAUUCUAAACCUUCCACAUCUAGAAGCGGUUCAUCUGCGAGUUUGUACAGUGGCUCACCAGUUAAAACCGAAUUAGAAGCUAGUUUCAACAAUAGUGCUGUCACAAUAUCCGAUGAGGAAUUCGCCGAUGUUGCCGAUUUUGUAGAUUAUGACAAAGAUGUGGAUGACAAUGGAGAAGAUGACGUGCAUUGUCCCGUUUGUAACAUGUCGUUGAAACGGGACGACAUGUCGAUGCAUUUGGAAAACUGUGAUGCUCUUAAAGCUACCAUGGACAAUAUUAAUAACUCGUCGCGUCCCGAUUAUGAUGACGAUGAUGAUGAUGUGGUUGAAGUGAGUGAAGAAAAUAGUCCUGCAUCACAAUUGAUCAAGGAGAAUGAUGAAAGUGGAAACGCCCCAAUAUUUCCGUGUCCUUGUUGCUCAAAAUACUUCACAGAAUCGCAGAUCAACAAACAUCUGGAUGAGUGCCUUUCGUUGCUGGCUCUACAAGAGUUUGGUAACGCCUUCUAGAUCAUUUAACUCUACAAUCGCGUUUGAUGGACGAGUCAUUUGAAUUAUCUACUAGAAUCUCUUUUACUUAAAUUCACGAACAAUUUAAAUUUCGUUCUUCUGAAGUCUAAACUGUGAAUUGAAAUGGAAUAAAUUUAUUCAUUCAGAUUUAGUCUGUUAUUCUGUUACAAAUUGAAUGAAUUGAACGAUAUUUCCCAAAUUAUAAUAAAUAAAAUAAUCACUCAGCUUGUCCUGUGUGCGAUGUUAUAAAAAAUAAUUAUUUAUCCUAAAAUGGGAACUAAAUAAACAGGAAUAUAUUAUUUGCAUUUGAAUGUGUUCAUUUGACACAAACAAAAAAUUCUUAAAUAAAACGUUUAUACAAAAAUUAAUGAAAAUAGUGAAUUAUGAAAUACUAGCCUAUUGGUAACAUUUAUGUCUUCUUGUCAUUAGAUGGAGUGAGAAUUAUGCAUGAAGUGUCUGUCAUCAGUUUAUCACACUUAUCGUUGAGCUAUUUAUUUCAAAUAUUGAUACACAGUUAUAAAUGUAUUUCUAUUUCCUAUAAAGGAAGUAAAAUGUUUGUUUUGAUUGUAUUUUUGCUUAGUCUUAAAAUUAGCAUUCUGAUUUAAUUUAUUAAAAUGCGAGGAGUUUUUAACACACUUUUAUUAUCAUUCUUGAUAAGUUCUUAAGUCUACCUUCGAUUAAUUGAUUUUUCAUAAAAUUUCAACUGAAUUUCAAACAGUGUUAGAUCUUAUGAGAAUAUAUAUAUUAAAUAUUCUGUAUGAUUUUAUAAUACUUCACUUAUUAUAAAACAACCUAUAAACAUUCAUACAACAAUUUUAUGCAUAAAAUUAAUAAUUGUUGAAAUACCACUUUUUUGAUGAUUCAAUGAUCUUUAUCAUAGCUCCAUUCUAAUUUUUAUUUGAUACUUGAUCUAGUUGUGGGAAAUCCUUUUAUGAAUUUAUCAUUAUUUUGAAAUCUAUUGUGAAGUAUUAUUUUGAGACUGAAUAGAGAUAAUUAACGCCCUUUUUCUGUCUCAUUUCUUAGGAUGAGAUAAUAUUUAAGGCAGUAUUUCAUAAGCAGCUCUAUCAUGUUGUAAGAUGCUCUGCUCUAAUGGAAAAAUAAUAAUUAUAGUUUACUAGUUUCAUGUUCUGUAUAUUGUCGUUGAAUUUAUUAAUAAAGUUAUUUUUUAUUGGA